UACGUUGAACAAACACUGAAGUACCCGGGAGCAGACGCUGACAGCCGUAGUGUCUCCAACCAAGCACUGAGCAGCACAGGGUCGGCCUGGCAGUGCCUCCUCCGGGGUCGCCUAGCUCCUGCGCCGCCGGUACAUUCAGCCUCGUUGCAGCACCCCACAUUUUCCGUCUUCCAUAAGUUGUUGCGGAAACCCUUUAGGAGCUUCUUCUUCUUCUUUUUUUUCCCCCAAACUUUAAGCCACCUGGUCUGUACGAGCCCGGAGUCCCCGGGGCAUGUCGCCUGCACGGGACCUGGGAGUCUGAGCAAUUGCAGUUGCGAAAUCGUUUAUGGAGCUUGGGGCGGAGGCCGAGCCCGCGAUCUUGCUCCGUGCCGGCCGCCUAGGCCAUGCUGCUCCAUCGGCGCGUGGAGCUGCGGCCGCCGGGCCUCCGGGACUAAACCGGGAGCCGCGGGAGGACGAGGUGCCGGCGGUGGAGCGGGACGGAGAGCCGCGGCGGCGGGCGGACCCAGUACUAUGGCUGUGUACUGCUAUGCCCUCAAUAGCCUGGUGAUCAUGAACAGCACCAACGAGCUCAAGAGUGGCGGCCCCCGGCCCAGCGGCAGCGAGACGCCUCAGCCCUCCGGGAGGGCCGCGCUGAGCCCCGGCAGCGUCUUCAGCCCUGGGAGAGGCGCCUCCUUUCUCUUCCCCCCAGCAGAGUCGCUGUCGCUGGAGGAACCCGGGAGUCCUGGGGGUUGGCGCAGCGGCCGGCGCAGGCUGAAUAGUAGCAGCGGCAGCGGAGGUGGCAGCAGCAGCAGCAACAGCAGCAGCAGCAGCAGUGGCGUGGGUAGUCCCAGUUGGGCUGGCCGCCUGCGAGGGGACUCGCAGCAGGUGGCGGCGGCCCGCGUCCUCUCCCCACCUGGGCCAGAGGAGGCCCAGAGGAAGCUGCGGAUUCUGCAGCGCGAAUUGCAAAAUGUGCAGGUGAACCAGAAAGUGGGCAUGUUCGAGGCGCAAAUCCAGGCACAGAGCUCUGCCAUUCAAGCGCCCCGAAGCCCGCGUUUGGGUAGGGCUCGUUCGCCCUCCCCGUGUCCCUUCCGAAGCAGCAGCCAGCCCCCGGGAAGGGUCUUGGCUCCGUGUUCCCCAAGUGAGGAACGGAGAACAAAGUCCUGGGGAGAACAAUGUACAGAGACCCCAGAUGCCAACUCCGGGAGGAAAAGCAGACUCAGCACACACCCCUCAAAGAACAAGGAGGGAGUGGUCCCUCUUUUAGGCCCAGCCAGCCCGACCAGGUUAGGGACUCAGAGUCCAUCUACUUCAGUGAGAAUGGAAAGAGGUACCCCGGCCAGUCUUCGCUGUGGUUCACCCACACCCAUGGAAAUUGACAAGAGGGUUGCUCCCUCACUGGAGCGCUUUGGAACUAGCUUAAUAUUGGCCACUAAAGUGGCAGCUUCAGCCACAUCCGCCGGACCACACCCUGGACAUGAUUCUGCCCUUAUGGAUGCAGCCUGUGAGCUAGGGGGCAUGAACCCCUGGGAGGUCCAGAUGGAGAGGCGGGGGCAGUUUCUGGGCAGGGAGACCGGCUCAGGUCCAGAGCCUGUCUGGACCCACAUGAGAGAACCUCCUGGAACGGUGGGAAGAGGAAUUCAUUCUGUUGGUGGGCAGGGCUCCUGGACACCUGAAGUCAUCAAAAGACCAGAAGAGAGGACUGUAAAUGCCCAAAGCUCAGAGCCCUCGGAGGACCCGAGAUGGUCUAGACUGCCUGGAGACCUAGGCUCCGUAGGGCCUGAGCAGGGAGGAAGUAGGAUCCCGGGGAUCCGAGGACCCCAGCAGCCCCUGGACAGUGUGAGAGAAGGGGCUCCAGCACUGGGCUUGCUUGGGGGCAGCCAGACAGCACAGCCAGGGAGCAGGGAUGUGGAAGCAGGAAUUCGUUGUGACAGAAUGCUGGAACCUUUACCACCUGGGGAAGUAGCAACAAAUUUGAAAGAACUCCAGUGUUUCCCCGGGGACAGGAUGGGGAUGCAGCCUGAGAGGUCCAUAGUUUGGCCCAGUGCUGUGGAGGAAGCUCCCCUGAUCUGGACGUGUGACACAGGGGUACAGCUGAAGGGGACUUGGGGAAGCCAGCUGCGAGACGGAGAUGCUCACCCUAGCUGCCAAGAGAUGCCUCCAGACCAGAAGGAUGAGGCCUCCUUGAAAGAGGCCUGCAGCCCCAGCAACAUCCCGGGCAUCCCUGCAGUCAUCAUUACAGAUAUGGGUGCUCAGGAGGAUGGAGGAUUAGAGGAGAGCCAAGGAAGCCCUCGGGGGCCCCUGCCUCUCAGGAAGCUGUCGUCCUCCUCAGCCUCCUCCACUGGCUUCUCCUCUUCCUAUGAGGACUCGGAGGAGGACAUCUCCAGUGACCCUGAACGCACUCUGGACCCCAACUCAGCCUUUUUGCAUACCCUGGACCAGCAGAAGCCCAGAGUGAGCAAGUCAUGGAGGAAGAUAAAGAACAUGGUGCAGUGGUCCCCCUUUGUCAUGUCCUUCAAGAAGAAGUACCCCUGGAUCCAGCUGGCAGGACAUGCAGGGAGCUUCAAGGCAGCUGCAAAUGGCCGAAUCCUUAAGAAGCACUGUGAGUCUGAACAGCGCUGCCUGGACCGGUUAAUGACAGAUGUGCUGAGACCCUUCGUGCCAGCCUACCAUGGGGAUGUGGUGAAGGAUGGGGAACGCUACAACCAGAUGGACGACUUGCUGGCUGACUUUGACUCACCCUGCGUGAUGGAUUGCAAGAUGGGCAUCAGGACAUACCUGGAGGAAGAACUCACCAAAGCCCGGAAGAAGCCUAGCUUGCGGAAGGACAUGUACCAGAAAAUGGUCGAGGUGGACCCUGAGGCCCCCACUGAAGAAGAGAAAGCCCAGCGGGCUGUGACCAAGCCACGUUACAUGCAGUGGCGGGAAACCAUCAGCUCCACAGCUACUCUAGGCUUCAGGAUUGAGGGCAUCAAGAAGGAAGAUGGCUCUGUGAAUCGUGACUUCAAGAAGACCAAAACAAGGGAGCAGGUCACCGAGGCCUUCAGAGAAUUCACUAAAGGAAACCAGAACAUUCUGAUCGCCUACCGGGACCGGCUGAAGGCCAUUCGAGAAACCCUGGAAAUCUCUCCCUUCUUCAAGUGCCACGAGGUCAUUGGCAGCUCUCUCCUCUUCAUCCAUGACAAGAAGGAGCAAGCCAAGGUGUGGAUGAUUGACUUUGGGAAAACUACACCCCUGCCAGAAGGCCAGACCCUGCAACAUGAUGUCCCCUGGCAGGAGGGGAACCGGGAGGAUGGCUACCUCUCGGGGCUGAACAACCUCAUUGACAUCCUGACAGAAAUGUCCCAGGGCAGCCCACUCACCUGAGGCCACCGCCACCGUGCCUGCCACCUCUGCCUGUUGCCUCUCUCCUCCCCUAAUUCUUCCUUUUCCUGUCUGAGCGCCUUCCUAGAACAGAGCCUCCCAUCUGCACUACAGGUCACUUUGGAGAAGAAAAGAGAGAUUUUUUUUUUCCCCUAGGUCUUUAUUUCCCCUGCUUCCUACACAGGAGCCUGGAGGUGGCAUUUCUAAUUCUCUCUAAAUAGAACUACCUUCUCGAAGAGAAUUACACAAAGCUUGGUAGGCCCCACAUCCUGUUACACUUUGAGCCAGCACAGGUCUAGAAGGCCGUGAGAUCCCUGGCUGCAUAGGGUCUUGAGAGAUUGAGCCUCCCUCUGGGAGUCUGGAAGACUCCCCGCCCCUCCCAGAAAGUUCUGGCCCAGACUGGCUACUAAUGGGGGCCUUGCUGCCCCCUGGUGGCUGGUGCCAUCAGUAAACUCAGUCCCAUUUGUACCUCCCACCAUGGGCCCUGAAGCCAGGUCAGGCCAGGGUCCUGGUUUCUGGGAGUUGGGAAUAAAAUCUCUGGGGGAUCUACAUGUGACUGAUGAGCAAAGUCUCCUCUAGUGAGAAGCCCCAGCUCCAGGGACACUGAGUGGCUUCUCUAGAGAUGCUAAAUCAGGGCCCCACCUUGCUGUUUAAGCCCUUGGGAGCCAGGCCAGCCUAGGAGGAGUGUAGCGACCAGCUCCACUGUUUCUAAAGAACUUGGCCCUUCCAUCUGGGAGCGCUGCCCAUGAGUGCAGAGGGAAUAUUCGCAAGGCCGAGCCUCAGGAUGACGUCACCUCCUAGAGCUACUGCCCACUGUCUUUGGUCUGUGUGCUCUGGAAAGGUCCAGAGCUGGAUACAGUAAGGCUCGAACCAACCUCCAGGGAUCUGCAGCAGCUCUGAGAGCCGGCCACACCCAGGAGAGCAGUCGCUAGGCCUUAGGGAAGCAGGAUUCUGGCUUCCUGGAAUGAUUCCUAAAUUUCCCUUGAAGUCACUCACUCUCCCAGCUUGAAGGACUAAGACCUGUGUUUCUCCAUGUGACUCGGUAGUUGCCAGGGUUCAGAGAGCUAGCUGCCCAGGGCUGCCCCAAGCCUCCUCCUUCCUGGAGUUCUGAGCUUCUUGAAGGAUUGUGGGGAGAUCAUUGUUAAUCGCCACUUCAGCUGUGAAGCAAGUCGCCUCUCUGAUUGAAAAGGGUGUACAACUUGUAUGACUUUUAAAAGACAAAACUCCUAGCUCUGUUGCCAUUUGAAGUGAUCCUCUGCUCCUCUGGGCUUGUCACCUUCUCUCUUACUGAGAGACUCUGGAUCACAUGUACAGAGGCUCCUCUGGGUUUCACACCAGACUGCAGCACUGAUUAGGGGCCAAGGGAAAUGGGUAGACCAACGUAUACACACCUGGCAACAUAGCCUUGGCCCUUUUGGCUGCUACCCGAGCUCCCUGGGGCUUCUAGAGCUAUUGGCCCUUGUAGGACAUGUGCUUCCCUUCAUGCUGGGUGAGUGAGUGACAGUUGGUGGGGGCGGGAGGUGGGACACACGAGGAUGUAUAAGUACAGAUUUUUAAAAAGGAACUUGUUUAAACUUCCUGGCUCCUAUUCAGGUGGGUGGUGAGUUCCUGUGUGGGCUGACUUGCUAAAGAUCACGCCCCCCACCCCCCAUCAUCGAGCCCAGACCCUGUGACAGCACAUGAUUGGGAAGACCAGCAGCCUGGCCUGGCGUGGGGGGAGGCAGUAGCAACCAGGCAGCCAGCUCUGGUGCUCUCCAGCUGUAGUUGCUAGAGGGCUUGAGGUGACCUCAUGGUCUGUACAUCAGCCAUUUGCUGAGAAGGUCUAUCGUUAAUUCCAUGAGUCUACAGCUAUGAUCCGGCCAAAAGUUCCCUCCUGCUGUCUCAGAGAAACGUUUGCUGAAGCAAACCACGCUAUGAACAAAACCAUUCGGAACCAGUUUAACAUGUGUAAAGAGCAAAACCUGCCGAGCACUUUAGGAAGGUGCCACCUGUCACAAUAAUGCACUAAGAUGCUGUGACUAGGGGCUGGGCAGCCAGAGCCUCCGGACAGUGCUAGGCAGUGCUUUGUGCUGGGUGUCGUGGGUGGGAAGGUGGUGUGGAGAGGUAUCUUUCUAGGACCAUUCUGUUGCCAAGGGUGUCUUGCUUAGUUUGGGUUUGUAUUUAUCGUGCUAGUGCCCACUCUCUAUCUACCAAACCAUUCUCACAUCUAUCCUGUCAGAGGCCCCUCCUUCUUGCCCUACUGGGAUGGACAGAACUCAGAUGGAAUUUCCCAGAACCUCUGGCAGUCUGAUAAAGCAUGUUCCGGGAGUCCUGGUGGGGACUCCCAAGGUCCCAGCCAUACAGGUGCUGGGACAUGGGAUGGCUACAUGUAUUUAAGUGCAGGGUCCAAGGGGUCUUCCUGCCCUUGGGCCACCAGAUUUCUCAGUGGUCAGCUCUGCUUUGCACACACUGAAGGUUGCUUCAAUUAUUUCCCCCAGACUAGGCUUUAGUGCCCUUUAAGAAGUGUUUAAGUUAUAUUUAUUUUGUUUUUGUUUUAAUUGCACAAAACACUAAGAUAAAAGGCUGGGCUGUUCUUCCUAAGCUCUGCCUGCCUUCUGGGGCCUUUCCUUCAUGGCUGGAGGAGCCCUAGGCAGGUAUGGCCUCAAGACAGAUGUGUUCACCUUUGGCUGGCUGUAUUUAGCUUCGAGAUCACCUAUUCUGACAGCCCUCUGUGUAUAGGCCCCACCUCUUGAUCCAGGGUGUUUGCCCAUCAGUGCCUUUUGGGAGGAGAGGAUCCUCCCUGCACCCUGACAGACUUCUUCCUCUGAACUCCUCUCCCCUCAGGACUGUUACAUCCCCUGCCCUGUUCCCCUCAGUCAACUGUAGACGCUAUCUCCCUUCCCAAUAAAGGCUUUGGAGACCA